AUGCAGACUUUCUCUGGACCAGUAGCAGAAGGGCUGAGUCGAAAGGAAUGUGCGUUUUCGAGUUCACCGGAACCUGCCAAAUCGCUCUCCAAAGUGGCCGUGGCACUCCCACCAGCAGGACCUCGGUUUCCCUAUUUCUCUCUUCCCAUGUUCCCAUGGCCAAAACAAAACAAAACAAAAAAUGCUCUAAGUCAUCUCCAAGUUCAAAGGAUUCAGCAAACAAUAGCAAGGCGGAGGCACCAGAAACGGACACCUGAUUUCCAUGACACAUAUGGUAAUGCUGUAUUAGCUAAAGAAACCAUUUUCUGUGUUGCAUAUACAGCAACACAAACUGGAAUAGAAGGGGACCUAUCCCCUGUUGGCAGAGUUACCCCAAAGGAAUGGAGAGAUCAGUAAUUGUCCCAGCUGGUGUAAUAUUGUAUUGUCUCAGGAACGACUCCUGAUUGAUUCCAAGUGAAAGAAGCACUGUGCACCUAUUAAAAUAUGGCACGAUUGAAGAAAUGAAGUACAUGUGAAACCUUCAAAAAAAUUAAAAUCAAAU